AUGCGAUUAUCUUUCAAUAUUAUACAUAAAAAUUGUCUUCGUUUCAGUACCUUCGAUGCUCGUUUCUCCUCGGUUACUGGAAUUAAUGAUUUACGACUUCCGAAUCAAGAAAACUUGGGUGGUUUAUUACGAAUGACAACAAUGUGUUGUAGUACAUCCACUUGCAAGAGCUUCGUAGCAUUCGCAAAGAAAACCAUUCAAAGCCCAAUACUAUCAGGUGAAAUAAUACAGAAUGCUGACAUUCAAAAGAAGCAACCAUCUGUAUCUCAAUUAUUGAAUCAAUAUGGACGCCUUGCUUAA